UAUACUUUCUGCUGGAGGGUGAGGGGAGCGACUACAACUUCCAGGGGGCCGCGCGGCUAUAGCCGCGAGCACUUUAGUUCCCAGGACAACCCGGGCCCUCGGGCGGAAGCGGGACCCUCAGGCGACCGCGGAGCCCGAGGUGGGCGUCGCGGAGACUUGCGCGGUGGGACCGGUUGUUGGCGCGGCUGACCCUGCCCAUCUCUUCCUCACCCUGCGCCGGGCCGCCAUGAAAGACUCGCUGGUGCUUCUGGGCCGUGUCCCGGCGCACCCGGACUCUCGCUGCUGGUUCCUGGCCUGGAACCCCGCGGGGACCCUGCUGGCUUCGUGCGGUGGCGACCGGACAAUCCGCAUCUGGGGCACAGAGGGUGAUAGCUGGAUUUGCAAGUCUGUCCUUUCUGAAGGCCACCAGCGCACCGUACGGAAGGUGGCCUGGUCUCCCUGCGGUAAUUACCUGGCUUCUGCUAGCUUUGAUGCUACCACUUGCAUUUGGAAGAAGAACCAGGAUGACUUUGAGUGUGUAACCACUCUUGAGGGCCAUGAAAAUGAGGUCAAGUCAGUGGCUUGGGCCCCAUCUGGCAACCUCCUGGCCACCUGCAGCCGAGAUAAGAGCGUGUGGGUCUGGGAAGUUGAUGAAGAGGAUGAGUAUGAAUGUGUCAGUGUCCUCAACUCCCAUACACAGGAUGUCAAGCAUGUGGUUUGGCACCCAAACCAGGAGCUGUUAGCCUCUGCCAGCUAUGACGAUACAGUGAAGCUCUACCGGGAGGAAGAGGAUGAUUGGGUGUGCUGUGCUACUCUUGAGGGCCAUGAAUCCACCGUGUGGAGCUUGGCCUUUGACCCCAGUGGUCAGCGCCUGGCAUCUUGCAGUGAUGACCGGACCGUGCGCAUCUGGCGCCAGUAUCUACCAGGCAAUGAACAAGGGGUGGCAUGCAGCAGCUCUGACCCCAGCUGGAAAUGCAUCUGCACUUUGUCGGGCUUCCACUCCAGGACCAUUUAUGACGUUGCUUGGUGUCAGCUGACAGGGGCCCUGGCUACAGCUUGUGGGGACGAUGCCAUCCGAGUGUUUGAGGAGGAUCCCGGCUCAGAUCCACAGCAGCCCACCUUCUCCCUGACAGCCCACUUGCGUCAGGCUCAUUCCCAGGAUGUCAACUGUGUGGCGUGGAACCCCAAGGAGCAGGGGCUCCUGGCCUCCUGCAGUGAUGAUGGGGAAGUUGCCUUCUGGAAGUAUCAGCGGCCUGAAGGCCUCUGAGCUACCGUGACUUUGGACAGAGUAAUGGUUCCCCAGAAAAUGUCGUAAGACUUUGCCAGGCCCUGAAAGGACCUGGAGGAGCAUCCUUGACCUUCAUUUAACUUGGCUGGCUUCUAUUCGGACUUGGGUAGAGGUGCGAACCACAGAACUUUGCUCUCCUUAGACCUGAGGGCCUUAGUAAAGGGCUAUAGAACAUCAGUACAUUGUUAUUGUGCCACACAUUUUGCUUUAGGUCACAGUGUUAAAUCUGGGGGGAAGGGUGAAUAUACUAUUUGUAAUCACUA